UUUUUCGACAAACUAUAACAAGUAUCACAUAAUCAAUGUUGGGAAUGGGCGAAUGACCACAACCAUAGCCCUCAACCACAUAUUCUUUAGCAAUAUCUUCUGUCCAUGACAAAGUAGUUGGUUAAUAUUUAUAUUUUUGGUUAAAGGCUCAUCAUGUUUUGAUUUCAAUUGUUUGUUUUUUUACGGAUCCCUUAAGUGUUGUACGCCAAGAUGUACAAGGGAAUCAAAAGAAUGGUUUCUGACAAUAUGUACCUCUUCUUGGGUAUACUUAUAGGUCUUUAUAUAUCCUCGUUUCUAUCGUCAAGUCUAGACCUUUCUUGCACUAUCCUAAACCACGACCAUUUAAAAGUAAGCAACAAAACAGCAAGAGAAAUUAUUGAUAAUUCCGUAAAUCGGUUGGCCCCGAAAGUUGUAACGAAAAAUCCAGAUAACGACGUUAAGAAAUCAAAACUUGUGAGACCAAGGUAUUACUCCACUGAAUUAGGCAUCAGGGAGAAGAUGUUUGUUGGUAUUUUUACGUCUGAAGAGAAAGUCAACACUCAGGCGAUACAUAUAAAUAAGACUAUUGGGCAUAUAGUUGAUAAAAUUAAGUUUUUUAUCACAGCCCAGUAUAAACUCAAAACAAAAUUCAACUUGACGGGCUUAGUUGGGUUCACUGAUGCUAGAAGCAAAUAUAGACCUUUUCAAGUAAUCAAAUAUGUGGGUGAUACUUUUGCUCAAGAUUACGAUUAUUACUUUUUGGCUAAUGACCACACUUUUGUCAAUAUCCAUCGCUUAAAAGAUAUUGUUGCCAAAAUAAGUGUUAGUAUGGAUGUUUAUAUGGGCACCAGAGUACCUGAUGGAAGUUACUGCAGCCUAGAUGCUGGAAUUGUAAUUAGCAACUCAGUAUUAAAAAUGAUGAGGACACAUUUAGAAUGGUGUAUUAUAAAUGCAGUAUCUGAUGAUCACAGUGAAAAUUUAGGGCGGUGUGUGCAUCAUAGCUUGGGACUUACAUGUCAGGAAAAAGUUCAGGGUCAGACAGUACCCUCCUUCAGGCUAAAGCACUUCAACUUACAAGAGCAUUUACUAGACUUAAGUAGAAACACAGAAUUUAAGGAAGCUGCCACUAUAUACCCGGUGCUCGAGAAAAAUGACUUUUAUAUGUUAAAUGCUUACUUUCUUAAGCAAAGAUUAUCAGUUUUAAAUGAGCAAAUUGGGCUAUUGUCUAAAACCUUGACAGGUUUUUGGCCUCCUGGACAGAGAUCUGGAGCCAAACCAGCUACCAGAUUUGAUUUGCCACGACAAUACUACUUUAAUAUGACUCAUAUUUUCUUUCCUGACGAUUUUACAGUUAUUAGAGCCCAUAAUGAACCUGAGCUAUUAGACAUAGAGAAUAUAAUUGAAAAUGUAAUUUCCCAAGUUUUAAAUGGGAAUUCCAAAGAUCUGGAUUUUAAAAGGCUCAUCAAUGGUUAUAAGACGUUUGACUUGAGCAGAGGUAUGGAUUACAUUCUGGAUAUAGCAUUUAGGGACCGAAAUUCUGGCAAAGAAAUAGUUAAAAGGUUUGAAGUCUGCAAGCCCUUGGGUAAUGUAGAAUUCAUACCUGCCCCCUAUGUUACCGAAAAUUCGCGGGUCACCAUCCUUUUGCCUAUACAAGAGACUGGGAUAGAAUUGGCUUUAAAUUUUUUAUCGACUUACAGUUCCUUGAUAAUGGAUAAGAAAGAGAAAACAUUUUUAAUGCUUGUAUUUAUGUAUCAAUAUGGAAGUAGUAGCAAAGGAUUAGACGAUGUGUAUUUAAAAAUAAAGGAUUUCGCCACCAAAACGACUGCCAAAUAUAAAACUGAAGACAUUAAAAUUGGUUGGGUGUCGAUUAGGUUGCCUGACGCUGCCGGAGGGGUGUUUUUGGAAAAUCAUGGCGCCUUAAAUUUCGCACUUAUCGACUUAGCAUUGAAAAAAAUCGGGUUAGACAGUCUGGUGUUGAUUUUGGAUGUUUAUUCCAACGUUACAAUCGAUUUUCUAAAUAGGGUCAGGAUGAAUACCAUAGAAAAUUAUCAAAUAUUUAGCCCCAUACCAUUUAGGCAAUAUAACCCGAAAGUGUCUUUAACCGUAAACAUGGACGUGUCCAAAAAUUCCGGACAUUUUGACAGAGAGGAAUACAAAUAUAUAUCAUUUUAUGGGAGGGAUUAUGUGGCUGCACGAAAAAAAUAUCAACACCUGGUGCCCUUAAUAAGAGUGGAUAAUGAUAUAGCAAACGUUUUGGGCGACAACUUCAAGGAUGUUGGGAAUAUUUUGGAAAUGUUCCUGCGGUACGGUAGAAAGUUACAUUGCAUGCGGGCCACGGAGAUGAAUCUCAAAGUACUGUACCAUGAAGAACAGAACCCGAAGCGGGCCAACAAAUUCCUGGGAAAUGAGGCCCAACUAGCUAGAACAUUACUAACCAAAGCAGAUCUUAUACAGGAGCUCAUGUGAUUUAGUGUUAUUGUUUUUAAUUGUUUGCAUUUAAUGUCUU